CAACAAACAAUUUGCUUUUGUCUUCUUCUGCUCUCCGGCACCGCUCUCACACUGUUCUGCUUUCAAUGGUCUUGACAAGAUGGAGUUUUAAUGAGAUGGGUGCGUUUUCAUGUACACUUAAGCUAUGUCGCUUGUCGCAUUAUACAUUAGGAUUUAGUUCAGGGUGGAUGUGAUCAGCCAAAACCUUUCCACAUCUUUAUUGUCCACCAGCGUUGAGAAAAGGACGCGUUUCGCUUUCACUCUGCGAAUGGGCAACUUGUGUGCUAAAUGUGACAAAAGGAAUCACAUCAUGUUACCGACGGGUUAGUUGACUGGACAUCCUGCGUCUUCCUCCUGGUGUCUGUGCUGGUCGCCACGGUGACGGCGGACCUCCGGGCGUCCGCCGAGCCGCCGGGCGCCCGCCCGCCGCCCGCUGCCGUUGCUUCGACUGAAAACGGACACGGACGCGAGCCUGCGUUAAAGCUGCGCGUCUGAGCAAAGAGGACGACAUGUUGUGCUUUCAGCCGGCGGUGGCCGAGGACGCGGGCCGCUACGUCUGCCAGCUACGCCACCGCUCGGAGUGCGUCGAGAUGGCCGCGAGCGUGAGCGUGGUCCGCCGCCCGCGGGCAGCGCCAGAGGGUGGCCGGGAAUGCGACUUGCCGGUCGCCGUGGCGCUCGCCGGGGCGCGCGUCCCUUUGCAGGGCGGCGACGUUCUGGACUGCCCCGACUGGCGGGAGGCCCGCCAGAUGGCUGACGCCGCGCCCGUCGUCACCUGGUACCACGUGAGGACCGAUCGCGACGCUGCGCCACGCAAUCGCCCAAAAUGGCUCGCCGGGGCCCUGCAAACCUGCGUGUGUGCGGGUGGAUGGCUCGUGUGUAUGUGUGCGUGUCAGGAGUGCGAGGGGCCUUCGGGCUGGACGAGCGACCGCCAGCAGGCCGGCGCCCGCCUGGAGCUCCACUACAUGCUGGACCACUACCAAGGCGUUUACCGGUGCCAGGUGCGCUACCGGAGGGCCGGUCGAGCGCUUCGCUUCACACGCGGCGUCAACGUCACUGCCGUCUCGCCCAGUUUCCUGCCCAAAGAGCCGAGCAUCCUGCAGCCGACGGCCGAGCACGUCUUCGGCGUCAAGCUAGGCUCGGACGUGCGUCUGGUGUGCAGAGGACACUUCCCCUACUUGGACUCGGCCAACUGGUCCAUCUGGUGGAGCGUGGACGGCUACGCGGCGGACCAGCUGGCGGACCCCAGAUUCUCCGCCAGCAACCGGCACGUGCGCUCCGACCACGGCGAUCGCAUCGAGGAGAGCGCCCUGCUGAUCCGCGACUUCGCUUCCGAGGACCUCGGCGAGACGUACGACUGCUCGGUGAGGAACCGGCGAGGAUUCCGGACGCGAAGGGCUCGACUGGAGGAGGAAGCGUCGGCGCCGUCGCCGGAGCUGGCUUGCGGUCUGGCCGUGACCCUGGCGCUGUCGCUGGCCCUCUUGGCGCUCUACCGCGUCUUUCGGCUGGAGCUGCUGCUGCUCUACAGAUCCCGCUUCCACACGGACGAGCGGCACACGGACAGCAAGGAUUUCGACGUGUACAUCUCGUACGCCCGAAACAGCGAGGAGGAGAAGUUUGUCCUGGGGACGCUGCGCCGAGUCCUGGAGAACCAUUUGGGAUACUCGGUGUGCAUCUUUGACCGAGACAGCCUGCCGGGAGGGACCAUCACGGACGAGACUCUGCGUUUCGUGGCUCGCAGCCGGCGCCUGGCGCUGGUGCCGGGCCCCGGAUACGCCCGCCGGGGUUCCCAGGGCCUGCUGGAGCUCAAGGCGGGCGUGGACGGCCUGGCGGGCGGGCACCUGCGCCUCAUCCUGAUCCAGUACGAGCCCGUGCGGCGGCAGGAGUGGGUGCGCGAGCUGAGGAGGGCGCGCGUGGCGCUCGCCACGGUGCGCUGGCGCGGCGAGCGAUCGCGCGAGUCGACCUCGCGCUUCUGGAAGAAGCUGCGGCUGGAGCUGCCCGUCAGGAGGCCGCCGGGCACCGACCGGGGCGAGGAGGCGGGGCUUAUGAGGACGGCCAAUCGCCGUCAGUCUGACCGCUUGUUCUGACCGCUUGUUCGCCGUGCCGCUUAUCCAAAAACUCCGUCCAUGCAUUUUCUUGACCGCUUCUCCUCACUCAGGUCACGGGCGCGCUGGUGCCUAUCCCAGCUUACUGCGUGCGAGAGGCGAGGUACGCCCUGAACUGGUCGCGAGCCAAUCGCAGGGCACAUAGAAACAAACAACCAAUCGCACUGACUUUCACAUUAUACGGGCAAUUUAGAGUCUUCAGUCAACCUACCAGGCGUGUUUUGGGGAUGGAGGAGGAAACCAAAGUACCCGCAGAAAAGCCACGCAGGCACGGGCAGAGCGUGCAAACUCCGCACAGAACUGGGAGGCGGCUGUGCUAACCAGUCAGACACCAUCCAGAAACUCAUUUUUUUCAUUUUUAUUUGUUUGUCCUUUGAAAACUGCCAGGAUGAAGACUUUCCAAAAGCCAACUUCAACUGAGAAAAGUCAACUUUGUGCCACAUGAUCUUGUUGUGCAUUUCCCCUUUAUUUCACAACACUCAAGCGACCAGUACAAACCAAGGAGUCGUGUCAUGUGACUCCCCGUUCGACACCCUUCCGGAUGGAACUGGCUUGGAAUAAAAAACGGUUUGCUCGCUGAACGAACGGACGCUUUCGCCACCCCUCAGAGGCAAGGAAGGCCGCUAUUGGCGGUCCGAAACGUCGCUCCCGGGGGUUGUGUCGUUUUUUUUCUUUUUUUCUUUUUAAGCUUAGUCACGAGAUGGGUCAGAAAAGUGGUCAAAUUGAAAACGGGGCGGAGUCGCUUUCUCGGCUGGAGGCACUCGGGGGGGAGGCUCCCCACCUUUAUGUCACCUUUCCUUAACCUUUGUUGGAAAAGGUCAAGCUUCCUUUUGACAGUGGAAAGGAAAGCACUGUCGAAAACGAACCCGCAAAAUAUUUACUGGACAAUAAUAUGAAAGACAUCUUUUCAAAUAAUUCACAGAUUCUACCCGUGUAAAGGGUAUUUACAAUGAUUAACAUAAAAUGUAUUAUUUGCACCACUAGACACUGCAAAAGCUAUUAAAACCUCAGCUCCAUAUGUGCUCUUUCUAACAUAUUUUGCUAAUAUGAUCAGGUGCCUUUUUGGCCCCAGAUUUACGUCAAUCCUGGCAAUUGUUUGUGCUCGGUUCUAUGAAUAAACAUUGAUGCAAAUAAA